UUACCAGGACGUGACGUCCGCGCCGGAACCAGUUGAUGAAGCUGGCGGAGAGAGCAAUGGGGAAGUGAGCGAUUGAUUGUCACUAGUGACAGCCCGGGACUGAGCUAAAUAAUAAGAAGGGAUAAAGGUGUUAAUAAAUUGGAAAAAGGCAUAAAUAUGGAACAUACUGCAAAAGAAACCACAGAUAACUCUGGUCUCAGUGAUGGUGGCAUUCUUUCCAGAAUGGCUCUCAAUGACAACAAAGCUGGAAUGGAAGGGUUGGAUAAAGAAAAGAUUAACAAAAUAAUUAUGGAAGCAUCUAAGGGAUCAAAGUUUUAUGAAAAUGAACGAAAGAAAGAGCAACAAGUGAACCAGCGAAUUCAGAAAAUGUUACAGCAGAAAGCACAGAUAACAGAGCAAUGUCUAAAGAAAAAGCAGCACCAGUUGGAGCAACUUGCAAAUGAACUGGAGAAGAGCCGUGAUCUUAGUCGCACAAUUGUACAUAUUGACAUGGAUGCUUUUUAUGCUGCUGUGGAAAUGAAAGAUGCUCCAGAGUUGAAAGAAAAACCAAUGGCUGUUGGAUCAUUGAGUAUGCUGUCAACAUCAAAUUAUCAUGCCCGGAAAUAUGGAGUACGUGCAGCUAUGCCUGGAUUUAUUGCUAAGAAGCUCUGUCCAAAUUUGAUUAUCAUUCCAACAAAUUUUGCUAAGUAUCGAGCAGCAAGUAAGGAUGUACAAGAGAUACUGAUGGAUUAUGACCCCAAUUUUCUAGCAAUGAGUCUUGAUGAAGCCUACCUGGAUAUAACAGAGCAUUUACAACAAAGGCAGAACUGGCCUGAACAUAAACGAACAUAUUACAAUCAUGGAGAAGGUCAUUCAAGUGGUAAUAAUGCUGCAGUAAAAGAGAAUGUGGAGGGUGUUCAGCAAUCCACUGAAGAUUUGGGAGACUUUUCACCAAUACUUUUUGAAGACAGCCCUCCUGUAUUGUCACAGCAACGGUCAGAUCAGAGUGAAUUGCUGCAGACAGACCCUUAUCUGCAAACCAAUGGAAGAGAGUCACAUCAGCAGAAGGAAGUGAUUGUGUUUGGUGUUACAGCAGAAGAAGCUGUCAGAGAAAUGCGUUUUAGGAUUGAACAGAAGACAAAAUUAACAGCAAGUGCAGGAAUUGCACCAAACAUGAUGUUGUCUAAAGUUUGCAGUGACAUGAACAAACCAAAUGGCCAGUAUCGAAUUCCAGCAGAGAGAGAUGCUGUGAUAGAUUUCAUAAAGAAAUUGCCUAUUAGAAAGGUACCUGGAAUAGGAAAAGUGACAGAGAAGAUGCUGAAUGCAUUAGGAAUUACUACAUGCACACAACUGUACCAGCAGGGGGCUUUGCUUUCCAUCCUUUUCUCUGAGAGCUCCUCGAAUCAUUUUUUACAGAUCUCUCUUGGUCUGAGUGAAAAUCACCUAGAAAGAGAUGGUGAUCGGAAGAGUAUAAGUACAGAAAGGACAUUCCAUGAAAUGAGUAAAGCAGCAGAGCAGUACAGCUUAUGUCGUGACCUUUGUCAUGAUCUUGAAGAAGAUCUUCAAAAGGAGGGACUAAAGGGGAAAACAGUAACUCUAAAACUGAAGAAUGUAAACUUCGAAGUGAAGACCAGAGCCUGCACAGUUCCAGCACCAGUUUCCAAAGAGGAAGAAAUUUUUGCAGUGGCACGUGAAUUGCUGAAGACAGAGAUUAACAGCGUGCAUCCUCGGCCCUUGAGAUUGAGACUUAUGGGUGUGCGAGUGUCUGGAUUUGUACAACAAGAAGAAAAAAAAUCUGGCCAGAAAAGCAUCACCAAAUUUUUGUGUACUGGAAGAUCUGAGAGCACCACUAUGUCUGAUAGCUUAGUUGUCAAGGACCAAGCAGAACUUUCAGAAGUACCCAAAGAAGAGCGCGUUUUCAUUAAAAAGUGGCAACGAAGCAAUCAACAAUCCUUCUUCAACCAGAUUCUUGCAAAGAAGCACCGAGAAAGGUGCAAACCUGAAGGAGAAAUCCCUGCAGGCACUGAUUGUGAGGGCAGCGGUAUGGAUCCAAAAUUAAACGUUACUAGUAAUUGUCCAACAUGCUUCAAAAAGCAGGGCCUACCAGCUUUAGGAGUAUUUAACAAGCAUGUUGAUGAAUGUCUAUGUGUAACUAGGCCUCUUGAAAUUGCAGAGACGAUAAGAGAACCAAAAACAAGUUCUACAAAUAUGAAGACAGCAUCUGGCUUAGAUAAUGAUGUGAAAAAUGCAGUCAUCAAUCUAAAAAGUGACCAGUUAAAUCAGGGACCUUCAGAAACAUAUUUACCAAGAGAAACAGGAAAUAACAGCAUUAGCUGGGAAUCUUCAACCAACAAUAAUGCAUGCUGUAGUGGGCAUUUUGGUGACUGGACAAAUAUUAAAGCAACACUUACAAAUCAUGUGAAACUUCCUAAUAAUUCAGCAAAAUGCUUGUCAUUCACUAAUGAUGAAGAUAUGUUGGAAGAGGAAUUUUCAGACUGCAGCCAUUCACUGAGCAAUAAAUUAUCGAGUAAAUCUGCUAAUGCAACACAGAAAGAGAAGAGAUUUAGUCUGCAAGAAUCAAGUGCUAGCAUAUUAAAUCAACCCUCAUUUGUACAAUAUGACCAGUUAAUACAGACAACUGAACAACAACAGUCAAACCAGUUACUAAAUAAUACCAGAUCAUCACAGGAAAGGCCUGCUGUUCACUUAAAGGAACCAGUUGGACUAGUUUGUCCAAUUUGUAACAUUAACCAAGAAACAACUGAUCUCUCAUUGUUCAACAAGCAUGUUGACAUUUGUCUAAAUCAAGGGGUUAUACAAGAACUAACUGAAAGACCAACACACCCUCCUAUUACAGAAUGCAAUUCAAAUGAAAUGGGUCUGGCGGUGUUUGAGAAACAGUCUUCAAAUUCAAGCGUUCGAACAAAAAGAACUGGAUCCAUAACCCAGCAACAAACAACAAAGAAAGCAAGAUGUAAGGGUUCCAAGAACACCAUUGAUAGAUUUUUUAAAUAAUUAAGCUAAUAAAACAAACAGAUUUAAAAUAAGUUAAUUGUCAUUGUUAUAAUGCACAGAGUACGGUACAGAUUAUAAAGCUCUUCUGUUUAUAUAGUUAGUAUAUUCUCGGCUAGUUUGUUUUUUCUUUGAUCAGUUUGUCGAACAAUUGUUCCAUAGACAUCUAAGCCAGAAAUUUUGGAUGUCAAAAUAAAUUUUAGCUGUUACCAGUAAUAUAUAAUUACAUUUCCAGACUGAAUUUAAAUAGAUAUGGAAUCAAAAAAUCCAUUCUUUAAAAUAAGAACAGUGCAAUAUUUUUAAUCCUGGAAAACACAAAUCACGUACUCAAAAAAAUCAUGUAAUAUACAAAAGUGUAUAAAAGAUUUUUUUAUAGUAAUAUAUUUUUCAACCAUUUAUGUUUCUAUAGAAAGAUUGCUAUUCAUGUACUGAAUUUAUUUAUCAAAGAUGCAAGCAUAUUUUAAACAAUAAAGUAUUUCUGUUCUGUCAAAUGGUAGUUCUUGAUCGCUGUAGUAGGAUUUUACUUUUCCCAAUUUUACUUAAGUAUUUGUCUGUAUUACUUUAUGCUAUUUAUUAAAUCUCUUUAGGUGAUCAGAAUCUGUUUGAAUGCUGGCUAUCUUCUAUAUUGGUUCACUAGCUAAAUUUUAUUAAGAUUUUUAUGCAGCAAUUUAUCUCCAAAAGAGUGGUGGGAUUCAGGAUGGUCAUAGAUCAUAGAAUCCUUACAAUGUAGAAACAGGCCCUUUGACCUAACAAAUUCAUACCAAUCAUUGGAGCAUCACACCCAGACCCAUCCCCCUAUAACCUAAGCUACAUAUCCCUGAACACUACGGGCAAUUUAGCACGGCCAAUCCACCUAACCUGCACAUCUUUGGACUGUGGAAGGAAACUGGAGCACCUGGAGGAAACCCAUGCAGACACGGGGAGAAUGUCCAAACUCCACACAGACAGUUGCCCAAGUCUGGAAUCAAACCUGAAUCCCUGAUGCUAUGAGGCAGCAGUGCUAACCACUGAGCCACUGUGCUGCCCCAUAUGGUAUUUGCUUUUUUUUAAACUUUUUAAACAAAUUUGCACAAAUUUUAACAUCUGGAUAUUAGAAAUGUUGAUGUGGAAUAAAAAGAAAGUCAAAAUAUAAAAUAUGAAGUAAAUAGAAAAGUGAGGACAAGGCCAGCAGAAAUUGUUUUUUUAAGCUUCUAAGAGUUUGACUGUAACAUUCAGCCAAGACUUAGUAACAUAUAUGAUUUAAAGACCUUUGGAGGAGAGAGAGGCAGGUUACAUCUAUACUGGAAAAUGUGUCAGGAGGCUGGAUUAUGCUCGUUGAAAUUAUGGAACAACAGCAGUAAAAUGCUAACCUCGAAGCAAAAGUACUCUC